AUGGCGGACGCAGCUGGAUGCCGCAUCCUCGUGAUCUCCUCAACUAUGGAGCAAGGCCAGCAGUUCGUGCAACGCGUAAAGGGCCUAUCCAUUGCGAACGUGUCCGACCUGUCUUCCGCCGACCUCGCCAGUAAUAGCAUCCCGUGGACGAUCGCAAACAAGUACUACACCGCCGACGUUCACUUUGAGACGCGUGUGUUUCAGGACUUUAGAUCGCACCAUGCUGUGGGCGUUCCUGCUGUGAUAUAUGUCUGGGCACACGGCGAGCCGUACAGGGAACAUGUCCCCGACAUUGCCAAGAGUCUGGAAUACUAUGAUCCCGAAGUUACACUUGCUGUGAGGUUUGAUGGGAACACAGCAAAGGCGAACGCGGACGAAGACGACGGCCUCGACGAAUUCCUGUCGUCGCACGGGUUCGAAUUCAUCGAAGGCGACCGCAGUGCCCGGAAGCCGACCCAGGAUUCGGGACGAGUAUUAGACGAUGAAGACGAAGGCAUCCCCGGUCUCCCCCGCGUCGUCGACGCUCUGAGCACGAUCAUGUGGCCCUCGCUCGUGCAGUCCGACUCGACGCGCCAGCGUAGGAGCCGCGCGCGCGAGCUCCUCGACUGGGCACGCGACGAGGAAGAGGACGACGGCUUGCGCGCGCUCAUCUCGGACGCUGGCGCGAGCGAGCAUGCUCAGACGAGCUCGCCGCGCAACGAGCGCAAGAGCCGGAUGCAGCGCGAGAUGGAGGAGCUCGAACGGUGGCUCGACGAGGCGGACGAGGACCGCGCGACGGGCCAUGCGGCCGCGUGGGGCGCGUCCGAACACGCAAUGUGGUCUGACCGCCCGCUCGAGGUCGCGACGCCGACAAUCGUCACGCCGACCGCGGAGGAGUACGGGUUCGACGAUGACUUCACCGAGUUCGUGUCUGCACCGCCGCGGCAGCUGUCAGACGUCUAUGACUCUCGGGGACUGGUUCCGAUGGACACCGGCGCGUCAUAUCGCUCGCUAGCGUCGGGCUCUGACAUCAGCAACGGACAUUACGAGAGUAUCGACCAGGACGACUACGAGAACGAUCCAGACCUGCCCUCCCAUGCAGAAAUAGCAGAAACCUCACGUCGAAUCUUUGGCUCCCCUGCCGUAUCGUCCCUCCCGGGUACGUCGCCCAACCUGCGCCGAGGAGCGUCGACGGGGAGCUCUGCUGACGAAGACCAUCCGUUCGAGCAUGAUGCUGACGACGAUGAGUUCGAGAUGUCCCCCUUCGACCUUUCGCGCGUACUGGGUGCCUUGCACAAUAUGAAGGAAGAGAUAGCGGGGAUGCAGAACGAGGACGAGCGAAGGCGCGCGGCUGCGCGCGUUGCGCUCGGGCUCGUGUACGGGCUACAGGCGGACCGAGAUGACGAGCACGAACACUCGUGA